AUGGGGAAGCGCAGCCGCGACGAGCGCGGCAGGCGGCUGCAGCUCGAGCCGGUGGUUGACAUUCCGGCCGAGCAGGGCGACUGCCGCUUCGCCCGCGCGCUGGGGUCCGUCGACAAGGAGACGCGGGACCAGGGCGUCGAGGCGCUGGCGCGGUGGCUCGCGGUGAGGGAGAAUGUGGACGAGUUCGACCUCCUAAAGAUCUGGAAGGGGCUCUUCUAUUGCUUCUGGCACUCGGACAAGGCAAAGGUCCAGGAGGACCUGGCCGAGAAGCUCGCCCACGUGAUGGUGAGGAUUCCGCCUGCGGUUGCCAAGGGCUACUACCGCGCGGGGUUCUGGACGCUGAAGCGGGAGUGGGCCGGAAUCGACGGCCUGCGCAUGGACAAGUUCCUGCUCCUGGUCAGGAAGCUCCUGCGGGGAUCGUUCACGCUGCUGGAAUCGCUCAAGUGGGACAAACACGCCGCUCAGGAGCUCUCGGCGUUCCUCACGGAGGACAUCCUUCUUCCGAAGGACCCGCUGCACCCCGUCGGGCUCUCGUACCACGCGUGCGACGUGUACGGCAAGGAGAUGCUGUCCGCGCUGUCAGCCGCCAGAAAACACCCCUCCGCACACACCCACGCGAUCCUCCUGCGGCCGUUCGUCGCGGCCGUCGCAGACGGAGGCCCCCACAAGUUCGACGGCGAGCGCGUCCUGAUCCGGCGCGCGCUCGACGGCGUGUUCGGCCCGGUGCUGGAGGAGUUCGACGACCCGAAGGAGAGCCGGCCGUUGGCGCACCUCGACAUCGCACACCUCGCGGCGGACGUGUUCCGGGCCGCCGCGGACGAGAACACGCGGCAGUCGUCGCGUGACGCGCUGUACGACCUCCACGCGCGCAUCCGUGCGGCGAUCAAGCGCGCGGAGACGGCGGGGCGCAUGUCCGGUCAGCUGGAGCGGCUGGACGGCAUGGAGGCGGCGGCGCUGGACGAGGCCGCGGAGGAGGCGCAUCCCGUGGACCCCGAGCUCCGGAAGACGGGCAAACAGCGGCGCAAGGAGAGGAAGCUGCUGAAGCAGGCGGAGCGGGCGGAGGCGCUCAAGGAGGCGGUCGCUGCGGAGGAGGCCGAGCUGGAGGAGCGGGAGGCGGAGGGGCAGGUGGGGCAGGCUCGAGGUGGGGGGGGGAGAGUUGCGGCGGAGGCGGAGCAGAAGAAGCGGAAACUUGCCAAGGACGGCGGCGGGGUGGCGGCGGAGCGCGGAGACGCGGGGAGGGCGAAGAAGCACGGCGGGGCGAAGGACCACAGCGGCGCGCACGUGGAGAAGGGCGGUGCGGCGGCGCGUGGGGUCGUGCAGGCGGCGCGCGACGAGGCGGGCGCGCGGGACGGUGGCGGCGGGGACGUGACGCCUCCGCCGAAGAAGCGCGUGCGGUUCAGCAUGAAGCAGAAUCUGAUCUUCAACCCCGAGGGCCCGCCGCCGCCUGCGCACGUGCGGACGCCCCCCCGGGCCGCCCCGCGGGGGUCCGCGCUGAAGCGCACGUCGCGGUUCGGGCACGUGCGCGACGUGAGCGGCGACGACAUCCGCAGCGUGGCCCGCGGGAUCAUGUCGUCCGUUGGCGGCACGCCCGGGAGCGCGCCGCCCAAGAUCGGGCCUCCGUCAAUGUACACGCCGUCGGGGAAGAUCCGCAAGAUGAAGAUCCGGCCGUACAAGACGCCGCCGGCGAGCAGGCCGGAGCGGGGCGAGGAGGGCCACGCGAACGCGCUGCAGGCGGGGUCGACACCUGGCGGCGCCAUGCGCAAGCCCAAGAGCCCCGCGCACGCCCCGCGGCCCAAGGCGAUCGAGUUUAUGUGA